UCAAGGGCGGAAAAAAAAGAUUUUUGUUAGCCUAUUCAACUCAACGGACUUGGAUCCAGCAGCGACUUAAUUAAAAGGACCGGACUGCACCGAGGCUGCCUUUUCCCAGAAUUUACUUGGUCAUAUUUUAGAAAUCAGCCUAAGGAGGGGUGUUUUGGGGUAGUUUUUUGUUUUGUUUUGUUUUGUUUUUCCAACUAUGCUCCCCGCUUUUUUUUCCCUGGGAAUCCGAAAGUUCAACUUUUUUUAAGUCCUGAUCCUCCCAAAGGAACCGGCUAAAGUCUCUCUUUUAAUUAUUAGUCCUGUGACUUUCCUUCUCACCCCAACAACCCCAGUAACUUUCUUUCCACGCGGAAAUCGCUUCGGGAGCGCCUUUUUUUUUUUUUUUUUUUUUUUUUUUUUUUUUUUUGGAGGAGCCACUUUUCCCAAGCCCCUUCCCGAGCUCCCGCUUCCCUCCGCUUCCUGAAGCCAAAGGCAAUAAGCGGGGGGAGCCCAGCGGCUCCUCGCCUCUGUCCCAGCGAGGCUUUUUGUUUGCUCUUUUUUUUUUUUUUUUUUUUUUCUGUGUGUGUGUCCGGAGGAGGAAGAUUUCUUCGGAGGAAAUCGGGACAUUCCCCUGAACACCCCCUCUCCGGGUUUGAGAGUUACGCUCCUCUUCUGGCGGCCGCCAAGAGCAGCAGCCCAGGAAGCUGAACCAGCAGCGAGUUUUACUUCUCCCAAGACAACCUUCUGAAAGUCCGAAAAGGAAAAGAGGACGGGGAGGGAGGGGAAGAAAAAAGGAAAGAAACUCAAGCACUUGAGGGAAGAAGCGGUGGCUAGAAGGAGGGAAAAGAGCAGAGAGACUGUGCAAGAAGGAAGGAAGGAAGGAGGAGGAGAAGCAGCAGCGUUUUGCAGCUGGGCAGAAGCCGGGACCAUGCAGUUUCCAGCCGGGCUUUGCUGAGAGGGGCAGCCCCGGACCCCACAGCCAGACUCUGUCUUCUCGCUGCUCCAGGCUGCAGGCGCCCCCAGACCGGCAUCGCCCCCCCGCCCCGUCCAUCCUUUUUUAAAAAAACCCAACAAACCCAAACAAAACCAGACUGAGAUUUUUUUUUUCUCGUGCGUUUAAUCCGCUCCUGGUUUAUUUUUUGGAUUUUUUUUCUGAUUUGCUUUUUUGCCCCUUAUCCUCACCCCUUCACUUUUUCAUUCACCCCUUUUUUCGCUAUAUAUAUAUUUUUUUUUUUUUUACAACCCCCACCCCCCACUACACGCCUCCUCGAGCGAUCCCCCUACCGCUCCCCCCCCCCGCCCCCCAAUUCGCUAACUUGUGGCUGUUGUGAUGCGUAUUCCCGUAGAUCCCAGCACCAGCCGGAGGUUCAGCCCCCCCUCCAGCAGCCUGCAGCCCGGCAAGAUGAGCGAAGUCAGCCCGGUCGUAGUAGCCCAACAGCAGCAGCAGCAGCAACAGCAGCAAGAAGCGGCGGCCGCCGUGCCCAGGCUGCGCCCCCACGAUAACCGCACCAUGGUGGAGAUCAUCGCUGACCACCCCGCCGAGCUGGUCCGCACCGACAGCCCCAACUUCCUCUGCUCCGUGCUGCCCUCGCACUGGCGCUGCAACAAGACCCUCCCGGUGGCAUUCAAGGUGGUGGCCUUAGGAGAAGUGCCUGAUGGGACGGUGGUCACCGUCAUGGCUGGAAACGACGAGAACUACUCUGCAGAGCUGCGAAACGCUUCUGCCGUGAUGAAGAACCAGGUGGCCAGAUUUAAUGAUUUACGAUUUGUGGGCAGAAGUGGAAGAGGGAAGAGCUUUACUUUGACAAUAACUGUCCUGACAAAUCCCCCCCAAGUCGCUACAUACCACAGAGCUAUAAAGGUUACAGUGGAUGGGCCAAGGGAGCCAAGAAACCCCAGGCAGGCGCAGUCAUCCCCGCCGUGGUCCUAUGACCAGUCUUACCCAUCCUACUUGAGCCAGAUGACUUCACCGUCCAUUCACUCCACAACUCCCCUGUCCUCCACUCGAGGCACAGGACUUCCAGCCAUCACCGAUGUGCCCAGACGCCUCUCAGGUGCUUCAGAGCUGGGCCCAUUUUCAGAUCCCAGGCAGUUCACAAGCAUUUCAUCCCUCACUGAGAGCCGCUUCUCCAACCCACGAAUGCACUAUCCAGCCACCUUUACCUAUACACCGCCAGUCACCUCAGGCAUGUCACUGGGUAUGUCCGCAACCACUCACUACCACACCUACCUACCACCACCCUACCCCGGCUCUUCCCAAAACCAAAGUGGACCUUUCCAGACCAGCAGCACUCCAUAUCUCUACUAUGGCACUUCGUCAGGAUCAUACCAGUUCCCCAUGGUGCCGGGAGGGGACCGCUCCCCCUCCAGGAUGCUUCCUCCGUGCACCACCACGUCCAACGGCAGCACGCUGUUAAACCCUAACUUGCCCAACCAGAGUGAUGGUGUGGAGGCGGAUGGCAGCCACAGCAGCUCCCCAACCGUCUUGAAUUCUAGUGGCAGAAUGGAUGAGUCCGUUUGGAGGCCGUACUGAGAUUUCUUCUGUAGCCGGCCUGACCUCCGCGAGCCAAAAAAAAAAAAAAAAAAAAAAAAACCCAAACAAACGGUCGACUAACUACGAAGUGCCUGUUUUUUGUGGUUUUUUUUUUUUAAAAAUAGAUUUUACCGAUAUGUGCAACUGUGUAGAUGGGAUGAUAAUGGCCAUAAAUAACACAAGAGUUACCAACACACCACAACCCAUGUUUCAGAUUAUGUGGAUCAAAGCACAUUUUUUUUUUCCCUUGGAACCAUUUUAUCUUGUUUUAUAUUUAAAAUGUACUUUUUACACACACAGACAAAAAAAAAAAUCACCCCCUCCUUUUUUUUUUUUUUUCUUUUUUUUUUUUUUUAAUGGUCUAGCGUGUUUUAAUAACUAGUGAGUUCUUUUGCCAAUGAGGAGAGAACGGACUCCCCAGCUAUCAGGAGAAACAUGGUGAUGCAAGGCAAAGGCUGCAUUCCCUUUUAUUUUUAAAAAAAAAAUAAAAAAUAAAAUACAACAACUAACCAUGAACUCCAGAUACAGUUGCAAUCAUACAACGUAUGGGACCCUCUUCACACCCGUAGUGCAAUUCCACUGGCUUGUAUUGGUGCACAUAAAAAGGAAAGCAAAGAUCCGGUUGCUUCCGUUUUGCCAUGAUACAUUCAGAUGAAAAUAGCUGUCCCAAAAAACCUCUGUCCGAGCCUUGCUGCAGAUAACAGUUGGAACUUCUCUGUGUUCAUUGCUUUUUUUUUGGUUUGUUUUUGGGUACUUAAAGAGAACGAGUCUUCAAGUUAGGCUAGACAAAACUGGGGUUUCCUUUUUGCUUUUGUGUCUGUUCAUUUUGCCUUUGAUUAGCCAAAAAAAACCAAAAAUAACAACCAUAACCUUUAAAAACAAAAAGUAAAAUGUUAUUACUUAUGCAAAAUAUGAAAAUGGCAAUAUAUAUUACUAGAGCCAAAAUGGUAUACAUAGUAUUUGUGUCCGGCUAUGUUCUUUUUUUAUUUUUUUUAAAUUAUAAAUGUGUAAAAUUUGAGGUUGUUUGCUAACAUGAAUCAUCAUAUAACUUUAAAAGAAUAUUUAUAAUUAUUUAAUGACAUUUGGACCCUUUAAACGUUUCUUAAUGUAAUGAUAUAUUGACUUCGGUCUCUAAAAAUGUUUUUUUGUUUUGUUUUGGUUUGGUUUUUUUUUUACUUAUUACAUUUCUGCAAUGGUGUAAACCUCAAACUUUCACCCAACUCUGAAAAGCAGUUCCAGUGUGAACCAGUUUACAAUGUGACUUAAAAACGACAAACCCAACCCAAAUGCAUCCACAUCAAAUGAUUUUGGAUGUAGGAUCUUUUUAUAUAACUUAUGAAGGAAAUAUUGUGUUUAAAAUAUUUUUAUUAGCUGUCUGGUUGCCUUCAACACAGUCUUGCCUUUUAAUCAGUAGUUGUGGAGACACUGGAAAAAUGGUAGGAAGGAUGAAAUAUUUUCCGUCCUUCCCCUGAUUUCUUCUUCUCCCAGGAUUUUUCUCAGAGCUUCAAAAUUUGAAAAUAUUCAUAUUUAAAAUGGUCUGUUUUGACAGCAUGAUUUGAAUUUCAACAGGGUUGUUUUGUUGGUUUUAUUUUUUUCCCCAAAAAAGAAAAAUCGAAACCGUUUCAAAGCCCGUGUUUUACAAAUAACGAAUUGUUAAAUAUCUCAGCAAUGGGAGCGAGGGAGAAUCGGUGAAACUUUUUCCCCUCCCUUUGCAAUUUCAGCCCACUCGGUGGAAUAAAAAAGUUCAAAACUUGAGACAGAAACUGCCUGGUAGCGACUCACCGCCCGUUAGCAUGAAAUGCUAGAGCUGUAAGGAUGCCGUGUUGACUUUGAAGCCAAUGUGGCUGUUGCCGUAUUAGAGGGACAAGCGCAAGGGCAGCGAUACUCAUCUCUGCAAACGCUGAAGAUAAAAAGUCACCUUAAAAGCCACCCCGGGGCUCCCAGGCGCGAUACAGGGAGAGCAAAUUGCACCCAAACCCCUUAACCAACCCGUCUGCCGCCAAACUCCAGCGGAGCGGUCAAAUUUUGCCCGGCCCAGGGCUGCUACGGCAAACGGGGAGGCGACGCGGCAUCGGCUGAAAGCGGUGGGAGCCGAACCGCCCUCCCCGCGCUCUAUCCCCAAGCGGGUGACGUUGAGCUUGGUUUAGCGGGAUGUUCGGCACGUGCUGACGGGGUUUGCCGGCGUUCCCUCCUUCCCCUGCCGUAGCCAUCACCGUCCGCAGCCUCCUCGGGGGGCUGCUGGCCACCACGCUGCUCCUCGGCAGUGCUUUGGCUACCUCCAAAGUAUGGCAAUAACUCCACGGCGGGCAUAGCCGUACAGAGCCGGACAACACCAUCGCCGCUCGUUAAUAGCAAAGCUGUUAAACGAGUUGACGUUAGCAUGCUACAUCCCUCCGAUUCGUGUGAUGACGCGCUCUUAAAAAAAAAUAAAAUUUAAAUAAAGUCUUCGCCUUCUAAAGGUUGUAUACCAAGUAUGCUUAAAGUAUAAGUAAGACACUUUUUUUUUUUUCUUCUAAUACUUAGUUUUCCUUCAAAGAUGGAAGCUGUAAUUGAUUCUAUUUAUUGUUGGUUUGUGGUAGCUUGAAGCAUACCACUGUCCAUUUAUUUGUAACUGUAAAAUACGUUUGUUAGUCUCAGCAGCACUUAAAAAGCCAGUGUCUGGUUACACAUUUCAGUUUUGUUUUUUGUUUAGUAAGCAAGAGAAAAAGAUGUACUGCCAGUGCAAGCUGUUUCCUAUUUAAUAAAAGGUACUAUAUUUGUACAUUAUUUGUUAUUGCUGAGAAGGGCUUUUUAAGGUUUACUGUAUGCAUAUUAAGUAAUUUUUAGGGUGCUUUUGUGUUGAAAUGUUGUUAAGAGUGGCUGCAGGCAGCAACCCAGAUUUUUUUUUUUUUAAUUUUUUUUGUUAAGACUUUGUUGUAAAAUUCAAGCACUUGGUUUUUGUUUCUGGAUAAAUCCAGCACAGACCAGACUUUUGUUUUGCUCAGUACUGACAGGACUCGGUUUGUGUCCCCGCGGUUUUUCAACUGGACCAUUAGGGACAGACGUUGAAAACGUUUUCUCCGCCCGGUCAAGGCGCGCGUGCCCGAUCCGUGCCCUCGGCUUCCCUGGCCGUGCGGGCAGGCGUCUGGCUCUGCCCACUUGAGAUGAGAAGGAAAGGAUUUUCUAAGUACCUACGAAUGGAGGAGCACCAGCCCCUUGACUUUCAGUAGACCCCCCCUACCCGUGCUCCCGAACCCUCCCGGCGCCUUUCCAAAAUCUCUGCCGGUGUGUCAGGCUGGUCACGGAGGGAGUUGCGCAGGCUGAGGCAGAAACGCUCACCAAAGCUUUCAGGAAAUGCUUCCGAGUUCACUUGGAAAUCCUCUUGAAUCAGGAUAUUAGACCAAAAAAAAAAAAAAAACCAAAAAAACCCAACCCCGACCAGUGCAACAUAGUAAGUCAUAUCAGAUUAUUCGAUGUUUUGCAAGGUGCUUAGCAAGGAGUUUUCUCAAAGGUACGACAGCCCUUCCCUUCGGUGAGCGGCAAUCUUUGGCACCGGUCAUAGAUUUAAAGAUUAAAAAUGGCCUUUAGCUUUCCAGCUCUCUUAUCCUACCAAAGAUUUACUUCUAGCACAACAGGCACCAUGUCCCUUUUGCCGAACGGAGGAUUAAAUCCUCCUCUCCCUCCCUCCUCCUAAGGGUAACUAGAGCGGGGUCAGGGGGUCGGGACGGAUGAGUAAAGCAAAUUAUUUAACCCGCAGCAUCAUUCGUGUGGCGUUUAUCGUUUCUUUUAAAAGACAAGCUGCUGUGUCUUCCUUAGCAUUCAACUUUUGUUUGCCAGCAGUCCCCCGAGCAAAGAUUUACUGGUUUCCAUAGGUACCAUCUCGAGUGGGGAAAAUUUUGCACUUUCACACUUAGCGAAGCAAAGCUCAGCCCCGCGCCGGGAUGCACGCGGCCAACAAGCCAUGAGCAAAAGCAAUAAUUAAAACCUGGAUCAGCCAUGAGCUCAAAGAAGCCCCAUUCUCUGAACCCCUGAAUUUCUUGUUGUUUUUAAAUAGAAUGCAUUUCAUUUUAACAUUUUCUGAGAACUUUUUUAGAUGUUUGUUUACUUCCAUGUUUACAGAUAGCUCUUUGCUUUUUUUUUUUUUUUUUAAUGCAGUACUUUUAAGUAUAUCAGCCAAAACCAUACUUUUACAGUAACUUUUGUUUUAGGUAAUAUGAGUGACAUUCCAUUUUUUUUUUUUGUUGUUGUUAAAUAUGCUUUACCAGUCUUGAAUUUCCGCUGGAACAAAAUAUUUGUAGCAUUUUGUGUAAAUACAAGCUUUAAUUUUUUAUUUUUUCAAAUGCUGUCACACGAGAUUUGCUUUUCAUGCACAUAUUGUACAAACACACUCUGCUUUAUGCCACAGACGAUGAUUGUGGAUCAGUUUACUUCAACUUCAAAGGGACUAUUUGUAUUGUAUGUUGCAACUGUAAAUUGAAUUGUUUGGCAUUUUCUCAUGAUUGUAAUAUUAAUUUGAAGUUUGAAUUUCAUUUUCAAUAAAAU